AUGGGAAAGGGCGCAAAAGACCAGCCUGAUGCAGGGCUAAAGAGUCUGAACCAUUAUUCCAACCGACUCCCCCUCUGGCGCUAUUGGCCGCGACAGAAAUUACUACCUUUAAUCCGAUAUGAGACACCAUAUCUUGCAUGGAUGCAGGAGAAAGUCCGCACCCCGACUCUGGACUCGUACUUUGCCUUCACAGCCAAUCUCGGCACCCACACGUUCUUCAUGGUCUUCCUGCCCUUUCUCUUCUGGUGCGGCCACACUAGUUUAGGUCGUGGACUAGUGCACAUCCUCGCCGCUGGUGUGUUCUUUAGCGGCUUCAUCAAGGACUUGCUAUGUCUUCCUCGGCCGUUGUCACCACCUUUACAACGAAUCACCAUGUCUGGAUCCGCUGCCCUCGAGUACGGAUUUCCCUCCACACAUUCUACCAACGCGGUAUCUGUUGCCGUGUAUGCAAUCGCCCUGCUCAAUUCCCCCGAUUCAACCGUCAGCCCGCAGACAAGCCUAGUUCUCCAAACAGUCACAUACCUCUAUGUCAUUUCGAUUGUAUUGGGUCGGUUAUAUUGUGGUAUGCAUGGGAUGCUCGAUGUCGUUAUUGGCUCCAUUAUGGGCGCAUUAAUCGGUUUAGCCCAGUUCAGCUGGGGCCCGGCGUUCGAUGAGUACAUACUGUCUGCGUCGCUGAAAGGGAUUUUGGUCGUUCCCAUUGUCAUCCUGAUAUUGGUUCGCAUUCAUCCAGAACCGGCGGACUCAUGUCCAUGCUUUGAUGACAGCGUUGCCUUCGCGGGUGUGACCCUCGGUGUUGAUGUAGGCUCCUGGUACUUCACUCAGUCUAGCCUUGCCUGGGCGGAACCUCUUCCCGGGACCAUUCCAUACCGAUACGAGAGUCUUGGCUUGGCGAAGACCGCGAUUCGUCUCGUUGUGGGUGUUUUGUGUGUCUUCGCAUGGCGGGAGAUCACAAAGCCCACUCUGCUCCGCAUUCUACCUCCCGUUUUCCGCAGCCUGGAGAAACUUGGACUUCUCUUGCCUCGGAGGUUUUUCACUACUGCCUCUGAAUAUACAACCGUUCCAUCCAACUUGAAGGACCACGACGUGCUUCCUAACUUUUCGGAAAUUCCUUCCAUCAUCACAACUAUGCGGCACCCCCGUCGCCGAGCCGUUUCAAUCGGUCCCCAGUCCGAAGCCGACGCUUACGAGACUCUAGCUUACCGUGAGAAACGCCGACGUGAAAGCCAGUCUGGCGGUAACCGCGAGUCACCCGCCGACGGAGAGAACAAGCCCAACGGGUCCCCUCUAGUGUUUGGAAAAACCACUACAUUAGAUGAGUAUGAGCACAUGAUGGGUAGAGGUAGUCCACAAUCGGCUGCUGUGGAGGCAGAUGCAAGUGUUCCACGGUCCUCACCACUUCCACCACCGGAACAUGAUACAUCACGAGCGGAUGAGAAGGAGCUGUUCUCUCAGAUCAAGAAGCCCCGUGUGCGGUACGAUGUGGAGGUUGUGACAAAGCUAGUUGUGUAUGCUGGUAUUCCGUGGGUCGUCAUCAAUGUGGCACCCCCCGUUUUCGAAAUGAUUGGACUAGGGGUUCCCCUGUAG